GUCAGAGCGGGACCUUUGGGUAACUUAACUUUACUAAUUUAUUUGGAGGGGGGGGGGUUGAAGUGAAUGAUUCAUGUUACACUGAUCCACCAGUUCCUCUUUUUAAUCUUUCUCUACACCAAAGUGAUGGAUGAAGACUUGGAGCUGGAAAGCGCUAUGUUAAACAUCUCACCCUCCAAACUGAGCAUAGAAGCACCUGCAGCACCUCUGGCAACCCCAGCUCCAGUGGCUGUGUCACCGGCAGCAGAACCAGCCAAGUUCCUGUUUCAAUUUGGCAUGCUACCGUUGCCCUAAUUCCCUUACGAAUUGAAUUGAUUGCCAUAAAGGCUAUGAAUUGAUCCCCGCAGUGAUGGUCAGAUUUCAAACACGAGGGUAAGUAAAACCAUUUCUUUUCUGUAUAAAUAUCAGUUACUAACACUAAAAUGCAUGCUUGUUCAUGAAGUCAUAUUGUUUCUCCUGCUUAGAGCCAAUACUAAUUAGAAAGGUUAAAUGAUCUGUUCGCGGCAUCUGCUGGAAUUAGACCUAAAAAAAAAAAAACAACCGAGAAGCUCUGACAAGCAGGAGAACUAAGACUAUUGCUGCUGUUUGAGUUCCUACUAACACCAACAUUUGCACACACUGUGAAUGCUGGAAUGACUUAUUUUUUCUCUUUAGCCCCAGCUGCAGUGCUGUCCAGACCUCCUGCAGUCACAGUAACAGAACCACAGGCAUCAACAGCUGGUGCCUCAACAGCUAUAAAGCAAAGAGCCACUGUGCCUCUACCACCACAGCUGGCAUUCCUUGCAAAGGAAGGGGUUGAACUAAACCAGCCUGAGUCAGUCACAGGUCCCAGCACAAGCACUGCUGCCUCCUCUGCAAAGAGAGAACUUGUUAUAGAGGAUACCAGUGAAGAUGUAGCUCCAUCGGCACAGCCACAAGCUGUUGUUCCCCCGCCUGACUAUGACAUGGGCAGCUGGAACUGUUCUCCACAACAAAAGCUGUGGAUGAAGAUGGAGCUUAAAGACCUUGGGCUGUGGCCUGGGUCAGGCCCAGUGCGUAAUCCAGGGAACACCAUCUCACUGUGGCGUCUCCCUCCGCAACCAGAGCUCAUGGAUACAGUGGCUGACCUGCCUUCACCAAACUUUUUCCAGCUGCAUCCGUUUUUCCUUUGGAAGCCAGAGAGUGAUUUCAUGGUGAGGCUACGGAACAACUACAUCCUGCCCUGCCUCUAUGGCUGUACCAAUCCACAGGUGGUGUCAUCUGGUGUGGGCAGACCACGAGUAAUUGUUGGCACCAGCGGGCAGUACUACAUCCUGGCUUCACGGCUCCGUUGCAGGGUCUGUCAGAGGCGCUGGUUUGCAGACAACCCGUGCUGGCUGGAGAAGUUGUCUAAGCGCUUCACCAACAUUCUGCCUGCUUUUGUGACCUACAAAAAGGCCAUCUGUAGGUCUGUCAUGGACGAGCUGCGGCGAACCGGCAAGUCUCCUGCAGACAUGGCAAAUCAGAUAAAUGAGCUCAUACAUCUCAAGUAUGAACGAGCUCACCUGGCCUGCUUGCAUGCUAUUGAAAAUGUCCAAGACGCAGAGGCAGGCAGGUAUGGGCAGCAGAGGACUAUCAGCCAGUUUGUCAGGAAGGACAACACACCACGGGACUUUGGGCCUUUUGAUGACCCCAGUGGUUGGCGCGGUGUCACUGACAGACUCUCCUCCAGGGCACAUUUGGGCAGGUCUUCAGAUCAGACCACACGAGGAAAGUUGCACAAGAAGUCACACUGGCCUCUGGGGUCAUGUCCAGCUACGCCAUCAUGAAUGAGAACUGGAUGAUAGUGUCGUGGGUGAUGGUUCAGUCUGAGACAGAUAAGUCCUUGCAGCCCAUGUAUCAGGGUUUGGCCAAGAGGUACGCAGAUUCUGGCGUGGACAAGGCUGGUCACCAAUGGGUGGACAGGGAUUGCUGUGCUCCUUUCAGGAUCCAGGACUCCAUCAUCCCUGGAGAACACGACAACUGGGAAGCAUGGAAGACCACUCCCUCCAUUGUGGCCUGGGCCACUUCUGGACCACUUCACAACACCUGUGCCUCCCACUCCCAUUACAACAGCAACAUUGUCAUGAAGCUGGACCUUUUUCACUGCAUGAGGCGAUUUUCCCGUGCCUGCAUCUCGGAGCAUCAUCCCCUGUACAGUUCCUUCUGCCAGAUGCUUUCUGCGGCCUUCAGCAUUGUGGACCAGGAGGGUUUGAAAAGGCUUCAGGAAGCCUACAAGUUCUGUGGGAUCCAUCCAGCCACUCCAACAAAGCAACACAUCCGUGAGCAUUGUAGGACACGGAUCCCACCACCCACUGAGCUUCUCGACAGAGUGGAAAAAGUCCUGAGACACUUUCAUCUGGCCACAGACCCAGACAAUGUCCCUUUGUUCAAGUCAUCAAUGCUGAAGACCUGGCGUAUCCAGAGAGUCCAUAUGCUCCGCGGCUGCCUGAGUGACCCAGAACUGUCAGAGGGAAUCAUGUACAGGAAUGGUGGAAUGAUCCAGCUCAACCAUGUCCCUGGUGAGGGUGCCAAAGUGCCGAUUUGGAUCCCGGUCAAGGCACCUCACAGCAGGAGGGCUAUCACUUCCACCAAACCCAGUGUAUCACCGGCACACAAGUAUCCACCGAGCUUUUCCAGGCUCAGGGUAUGACUGGUGUAGCCCGAUGGAACUACCAGCGGUUGGUAGACCUCAAGCAGCCAUCCCUGGUCCUGCCGGCCGUGUUUGAUCCAGCUCUCAUUGCUGAGAUAAACUCUGCUUCCAGACGAGUGACUGGACAGGUAAAAUACCCUGCGCUUCACCUCUCAGACAGGGACACAGGCGAGAAGUUUGGCCUAGAUUACCAUGAGCCAGGCUGCCGUCCAGUCCCUCUGGAUUGGGACAAGCACCGGACUCGGAAGAGAGAUGAGGGAGCAGUACUUCCUGUCCGUGUGCCAUUCACAGGUCCAGAUCCUACUCCAACCCGUCCAGCUCCAACCCAUCCUGCUCCUGCUCCAGCCCUUCCUGUUCCUGCUCCAACCCGUCCUGCUCCAUUAACUAGAGUCACGGCUCCCUCUUCCAGCUGGGCUCCACCCUCUCAAAUGUUGUCUCCUCGUGUUGCCGUCCAAAAACAAGAGGACACACCAGAAUCACCUCAGAAGCUUCCAGCUGCGAUGGAAAUUUCACCUCCCCAGCACCUUCCACCACAGUCAUCGCCAAGGAGUGCUCGCACUGGGCCCAUCAAAACAGGUGGACGUGUUUUUGUGCUGGACACCACCCAUGGUUGC